CAGCCAGGAACAGAUGGAUCCCAAAAACGCAAUUAUCUUGUCAUUUCCAACUUAUUACUUUUCUGUACCUCUUCAUUUAACUCUCAUACUCCGCACAAGUCAAUCACCAAAAAAUGUGGACGGGAAGUAGACAUGUAUGAAAAAAGGUCCCUGGGGCUCAAGUGGUACAUGUUCAACUGCAGCUAUGUUAAAGCAAAAAGUUCACUGUAUGUCAGCGUUUUUGGAAUAGUUGGCCAGUAGUUGUCUUUCUUUUCUGUUUCUUCUGUGGCUCUCAGGUCUGAAUUAUAACAGGAGUCUGUUGCAGUCACUGUUGAAAUAAAAAAUGCCUCCAUUCCAUCUGGAAAAGAAAUUGAUUGGAUCUUGACUUUAAAAGCUCCUGAGAACUGUUAUCAAGUGCAAAUGCAUUUGCUUUAUUGUGCUGACAUUUGACUACAGCAAUUUCUAUUACAAGCUCUUCGGUAGGAGAGGCGCAGCACUUUCCUGCUCCUUCGCAAGAACUCCUAUUUGCAGGCUCAGUGUUUUCAGUAAGGGAGGCUGUCUGUGCUAUCCACAACAGAGAACAGGAAGGUUUUGCAGUGGUUACCCAUAUAAGCACAUUGGCGAUCAGUAGAGGUACCUGCUUUCAUCCGGUUUCUGUCCCACACAGGUAUUUUUGACAAAAUUAGUUGGUUUUUUGGCACCAAGUAAUAAACAAUCGCAGUCUGCCAUUGUUUUCACUGACAGCAAAAAUCACUGUGCUCUUCUCUCUCGCUUUCUUUCUCUCGCUCCCCCCUUCCCCUUUGUCCUCUCUUCACAGCAAGCCUGGCUCUUUGCAUCCUGCGCUCCAGGCUCAUUAACUAAAUACUCAUUAAUUUAUGUGGUGCAAUUAGCAUCACUGAUUACAGCAUCAGGUUGGGGUUGUAUGGAGGGCUGUAGAUGGGGAACAGAUUUAUCUUAGCAGACUAUCUGCACAUGAGCAUAGCCAGUGAUUUCAUCGUGAUCACGCUGGUGCACUCCAUGAUGAUGCUUUUGACUUGGCACAGACAUAUUGCUGCUGCCGCUGCUGCUAACAGCCAACUGAACAUCUGUUGUUUUUUGCAUGUGAGAAGGAUCACAAACUCAAUGAAAUAUACAUUGUUAUCCACCCCGUUGUCUGUGUUUACUGACUUCAAUCCAAUCUAGAAGCACAUAUACUUUCCCGGAGAAACUCCAAGAGGAACUGGUUCAUAAAUUUGUGUAACAAAGUCCAAUUAAGUGUAAUUCAGCUUUAAUUUCACCGAGUGACACAGCGAGGCGUAAAGACAGAUACCUCCUCCCACCUCUGUGCCUCAUUGCCUGCAGCAUCAUCAGCAGCAGCAGCAGGAAUUCCCCUGUCACCUUAUACACAUGCGAGCGUUCCUCGCUGUUUUACAAAGAUCGGUUAAAAUGUUCAGACUUGUCAAACUAUUCUCUCUCUCUCGUCUUUCUCAGUUUUCUUUCCUGCGCUGUAGCAUUCAAGGAUGAAUAAUGGAGCAGUUAAAAAAUUUAAGAGGGAGAACAGGUGCAAGACUACCUCAUGGAGUUAUGGGAUAUGAUCUGUUUUAAGGCUGCCAGGUGUUCUGUAUCUUAACCAGUUGUAUUAGAGGACGACUGUGGCCAACAAAGGGGGGGGGGAGCGUUCCCGUGGCAUUAAAUGUUAUGCUGUACAGAGCCGUCAGGAUUUCAAGGCUGAGGUCAGAGAAGACACAGUUAAGCCUGAGCACUUAUGUUUGUAUUAAAGUAUUACACAAAGCCUGCAAAACAGCUGGUGAACAUAAACUACUCUCUGUUAUGAAAAAGUGUCUUCAGCUCAUUUUCCUGUUCUUGUUGUAUUAGGGCUGCAAAGCUUUUGUGAUUUCAAUCACUCGACAGUGCUUUCACCUGAGGAAGGGAGGGGAGAAGACAGCUUAUCGUAUAAAAUCACAUAUUAUUUUCUCUCUGCUUUGGAGGAUACCAUCGUCUGAUUGGUCAGAGGCAGAUUAACAGUCAUUCAACAGUUGCGUGCAUGAGAGUCAGGGAGGAGGUAAUACUUUCUCCUCACUCUCAGCUCACUUUCUCUGUUCAUUGGAAGAAGGCGUGCUGUCAGCUGCGGUGAGAGGGAUUCGCUGUGUUAUUUCCCGGGAUGGUGUUGGGCUUUGGAAUAUUUUCUAUUGUUUUUUGUGGUUAAUUUAACGCUGGUGUUAUUUUUCUGUUUUUCCAGAGUUAUGGAUAGUUGGUUAAAAUAGGGAGGCUCUUGUUUUUUGAAGCAAGGUGACAUUUUUAUUUAAUAGGUGUAAGCUUUUAUAGGCUGGUUCUGUUUAUGAGCGAUUCUCAUCAAAAGGCAGCUCGAUUGAUUAUAGAAUUAUUUAGACUGCAUGUUUCUCUCUUUAAAGAUCAGAGUUCACACAAAACAGUCAAUUGCUGGAAGUGUCACAGCUUUCGGAAAGGUCACGAUAAUGCCGUGUUCAAAGUUUCGCAUAUUCAUUCAAAACGUGACUUUGCUGUUGAGUCAUAGCACUCGCUUCUUGUUUUACUACACGUCACUCUUGAUAGUUUGUCGUUUUGUGUAUUCCCUAUUUCUGGCACUUCCUCUAUUGUAGAUAAGCUGUGAAGUGUGUCAACAGCCAGCUGGUGGGCAUAGACUGACUGGGGCUCGGGCUUUUUAGAGAGCAGCUAGCACAGACGGAGCAGAGCACAAAGACGCAGAUUUUUCAGGCUGGCUUGGUGAACCUGCACACUUGCUUUUUGUUUGUUUGUUUUUUUGUUUUCUCUGGCGCCAGUCAGCAGAGUGCGAGAGGAAAUAUGUUUGAGUGAGUCUUAACACUGGAUGUCAGGUCCCUCUGCUGAUUGAGUGUUUAUGUGCAGUAGCUCGUCUUUCAAAUGAGCACCCUGUGGGCGGAGCUAGCAAUGGGAACUACUACAUUGCUGGAAUGUUUUGCUUGCUCUCGGCGAGUACGUUGGCUACCACGCCCUCUUCGCCUUGUGAGACCUUUUCAGCCAAUCCGCUGUUACCCUGAGACUGCGCCACCUCACUGCCAAUUCCCUCGCAUCAAUGGUCACUCCAAAUCAGAGCGCACUGCAAGGGACUCGGCCAUGGGUUACGACAGUGCCUCAGUAAUGAGCAGUGAGCUGGAGUCCAGCUCAUUUGUCGACAGUGAAGAAGAUGAGGAUGCUAGCAGGCUCAGUAGUUCCACAGAACAGAGUUCAUCUUCACAGCUGAUGCGCAGACACAAACGGCGCAGACGGAGGCACAAAGUGGCAAAGAUCGACCGGUCAUCGUCUUUCAGCAGUAUCACAGACUCCACGAUGAGCCUAAACAUUAUCACCGUCACACUAAACAUGGAAAAAUACAACUUCCUUGGUAUCAGUAUUGUCGGUCAGAGUAAUGACCGGGGGGACGGCGGUAUUUACAUCGGCUCUAUCAUGAAGGGAGGAGCUGUAGCUGCUGAUGGCAGAAUAGAACCUGGAGACAUGCUACUACAGGUGAAUGACGUCAACUUUGAGAACAUGAGCAAUGAUGACGCUGUGAGGAUCCUGAGAGAGAUUGUUUCCAAAACUGGUCCCAUUAGUCUUACUGUUGCCAAAUGUUGGGACCCAUCUCCCCGAAGCUACUUCACCAUUCCUCGUGCUGAGCCAGUGAGGCCCAUUGAUCCUGCAGCCUGGAUUUCACACACCACAGCCCUAACUGCACCUUACCCUCACUAUGAGUUUGAUGACUUGCCUCUGUCUGUAAGUAAAACAGAUAUGGCAACUAUUGUCAAAGUGAUGCAGUUGCCUGAUUCUGGCCUAGAGAUUCGAGACAGGAUGUGGUUGAAGAUCACCAUUGCAAAUGCUGUUAUAGGUGCUGAUGUAGUGGACUGGCUGUACUCCAGAGUGGAAGGAUUCAAGGAUAGGCGCGAUGCGAGGAAGUACGCGAGCAGUCUGUUGAAGCACGGUUACUUGAGACACACUGUCAAUAAGAUCACCUUCUCUGAACAGUGCUACUAUACCUUUGGGGACCUCUGCCAAAACAUGGCCUCACUCAAUUUGAAUGAAGGAUCCAGUGGUGGAGGUUCUGAGCAGGACACUUUGGCACCACUACCUCCCACUAGCAACCCCUGGCCUCUGGGCGGGCAGCCAUUCCCCUACCCUCCUUUCCCCACUGCACCCCCGAGCUUUCCGCCAGGAUACUCAGACCCAUGCCACAGUUUCCACAGUGGGAGCGCAGGCAGCCAACACAGUGAGGGAAGCCGAAGCAGUGGAUCCAACCCCAGCGCAGGCAAAGGUAGACGUUCAUCCCCACAGGAAAAGGGUCAAAGGUCAACAUGCAGUGAAUCAGAGCCAGGAAUCCGCGGAGGGCGGCGUGGUGACAGAUCUGCCAGUCAAAUGAGCCAUCACAGCCACGCCAUCUCUAGCCAAAGUCACGCAAGGUCAAGUCUCAGCCACAGUCAUUCACACAGGAGCCACCCUGUCACACAGAACAACCACCCCCCGUUCACCUACAGCCACGCCGCCUUUACUCAGCCAGCUCCAGGCUCCUGUGCCCAGAGCGAGCGAAGCCAUGCCUCCUCCUACGGCCCCCCAGGCUUGCCUCCCCCUUAUUGUCUGGCCCGUCUGGCCCCCAAGACCUCAUUCAACAGUAGCACGCCUCCUGGAGCCCCACCUGGGAGAGAGUUAGCAGCCGUUCCUCCUGAGCUCACCGCCAGUCGCCAGUCCUUCCAGCAUGCUAUGGGCAAUCCCUGUGAGUUCUUUGUUGACAUCAUGUGACAGAACAGUGCCUUUUUAACUCAGUGAGCACAAAACAGCUCUCCCUGAUCCCUUUCAACCCUGUUCUCCUUUUUCCUCUCAGUCUUUUGACCAUCUCUAAACUUCAGAAUGUAGACACUGACUGGCCCUCUCCACAGCCCCCUGCUGUCUGUCCCUCUGAUGUCCAAGCAAAGGAAUACAGGCAGCAAGAGCACAACAGGAGUAGUCCUCUCGCACACAAGCAGGGGUCCUCUGGCUGAAAACCCUCUUUUGUAUUGACGUGACGUGUACAGUUUGUGAAACGUGAGUGGUAUUCAGUGUACUGAUUUCUGUAAAGAUGCCAUGCAGACAUUUUUGGGAGUGUGUACUCUACCUAGGAUAUUUUCUGUUCUGCGCCUUUAAGCUGGCUGGGCCUGGAUCUCAAUCCCCCAGACCCAGGCCAAUAACUAUGGCCUACGAAUCUUUUUCUGGACAUAAAACUCGGACUGGAACACCUAACUCAUAUUUGUGUAUAAUGCUACAGUUUAGCACAUUACUCUGGCCCCACUCCCCUUAUGUCAAGGCGCUGCCACUGGCGUAUUUAAGCUCUUACCUGCCAACUACUAAUAACGCUAACCUUGAUCAGUUCACAAUCUGAGGAUUUCCAUAAGGGAGACCCUGUAGCCAGCCUUUAGUUCGACUAGGCUGCAUAUUGCAUGACUGUCUCACCUGCUUUAAAGAAAACGUAUUCAUUCAUUUUGUUUAAAGUAUUACCGUUAUUGGGGGAGGAGGUUACCUCUUUCCUAUGUUCUAAAGGAAGAAUCCAUACACUGGAACAUUUUCGUGAUGUUAUUUAUGUGAUCCUUUUGCAUUGAUGGUGUCAUACUUUGUCUACUACGAAUGACUGACCGACAAUCAGGCAUCACUCUUUAUGAAACGGUGGCCAUUUCUCAAUGUCCUAGGUGUGCUUUGUCGAAUGUAUCAUUAUUUCUGUCAGUGAUUAAACCCUGACACCCAUAACACUUAGUUUAAACAUGUUUAAAGAUCAGCAGGAUUGCAAACUUUGGACACUCACAACAGCAAACUGUGAAAGCAAACUCAAAGGUUGAUUAGAUAAAGUAGUUUGACAAAAGCAUCAGGUUUGUCUCCUUCAGUUGUGGACUUUGUUGAAAAGUCAGUGUGAUAAAAGCCAAAGCCUCACAUUGUUUGGUGGACAUGGCUCUUCAUACUGUUGAAGCUGUCACUUCUAGUUGUUGUGUUCAGAGUGACUUCAAGGGGAAUCCUGGCUUUCAGAUGGUGAUCUCCUUGCAAAACAAUGGCAAAUCCCUGUUGUAUCUACCUAAAAUAUAGUUACAAGAGGGAAAUAACACACACACUAGUUUUAUGAGCACUUUCCCAUUUUGUCCUUCCCUCCCUUUAGUAUGAAGCACUGUUUGCAAUCAAAGCUUUCUCUUUAAUUUUCUCUAAAAAAGAAGAAUAAAUUGUAAAUAGAAAUUUAUUAUAUAUAUAUGAAUAAAAAUAUAUAUGUUCAAAACACUGUCUUCAUUUUUCACCUCACCUGGAGACUGAGUGAAAUGCCACUAGGUGGAGACAUUGUUUUGUGUAUAUUAUUGUACAAACUAUACAUUUGACUGAUAAAAUGAUAAAAAUGCGAUUUGAAAAUGUGCUUAAGGUGCCGUUGCCUGUUUUAAUUCGAAAGCAGUAUCAUGCAUUUCAAAUGUAUGACACAAUCUCGUGGGUGGUUGGUGUUCAUGACCGGCCUGUGGUCAACAAAACAGUCGCCUGAAGAAUAGACAACCAUUUACAAUUAUAGCCGAGAUGGGUUAAUAUGUUGCAACAAAGUUUUAAUGUUGGUUUUGACACUUGACAGUUAACACCCCUGAGUGGAGUUUCCAGUACACCAAUUACGUGUACUUUCCCAGUGGGCUGGUGUUACUUGUAAAACGGCUAUACAACAACAAGCCGACUGUAUAGUACAGACCCCCAUCUACUUGACCCACAACCACAGCCGCGGUUGCUGAGUGACGUCACACACCUACAUCUAUGGUGGGUGUGUAAUAAAAAUGCUCGUCAGGAAGGAAGUGCUGUGUAGGCAGAAUAAGUUACUCUACUAGAACAGCAGCCCCCAGAAGAGCGCAAUGACCUGUAAUCGCCUUCGUGCUGUUUGAAAUACAGGCCAACGGGUAAAGUGAAAACGUGUAGUCCCACAUUAACAAAGCCUUCUGCCAUGACAGUUCCAGGUUGACUGACUCUGAAGCUUAUGUCAGCCUACAUGCAAAUAUGAGCGCACACUCAUUUACCAGCAGAUUGUGUUGCUAAACUCCUUACCGAACAGCCCUGAAGUAUUUCCCGAGCCGCUAUGUAAAUUUGGGACGGGGUUUUACUGUGCUUCAUUGCUGAAUUUUUUUAAAGAGGAGGUUGAGGAGUAAAUGUGGGAAGGGUUUCUUAGGGUGCGUUGGCAGAUGAGGUACAUACGCAGUCUCACACCACGCGCGCACUUUGACGUGACGACGCUAUCGGUCGAGUGUGAUGCAUUAGAAAGUCAAAGGCCUCGUCUGCGAAUGUCACGAAGUAUCAUAUGAUAGUGAGAUGUUACAAUCAUGACUCAGCAGACAAACGUUAUGUGCGUGUAUUUAUUUGGUUCGUUUUUCCCCCUUCGCACUUAAAUUGUUAGUUUGAAUUUAAGUAUGAAGAUGAGCUAGAAGAUCCCCAGAUAUGUAAUCACCUGACACCUCAUCAUUUGUCAGCAAAUUCCCAGUGUUUUCCCAAACUCACACCACUUACUGUAAGGAAACGGUUCCUUUUUCAAAGGAAGUAAGUCCUACUGAGUUUGGGAAUCGCUAUACACAAUUGAACAAAGGCACCUGAAAACAAAGGUCACUUUUAAAAGCACCACUUUCAUUUUAGAAGAAAUAUUCUUACAACACUUUUAAUUUCAUUUUCUACCUGAAUAUUUGCCACGUGUGUUGUCUAAUACAAGUGUUAGCCACCAGACACAUAAUGAUCUUCUGAAGAGUCCGUGAGGGGGGGAAUUUCGAGACAUUUUCAAUGCCCUUUAAAUAAACUUGUGAUUCUGGGCAUGA